AUGACGACCGCCGGCUCCCCCCUCCCCGGCACCGGCCCCCUCACCCCCUCCGAAAUCGCCUUCCUCGCCGAGUCCCAACCAAUCACCAUAAUCCCGCGCCAGCGCCUCGACCGCCUCCCGCUCAUCUCCGGCACCCUCCCCGCCUUCCACCCUCCCCAGCGCGCCACCGUCCCCCUCUGGCUCGCCCUCCUCCUCAAGCGCCAACGGCGCUGCAACAUCCUGCCCCCCACCUGGCUCACCCCCCCGCAGCUCGAUCUCGCGCUCAAGGCCGAGACCGACUCGCCGUUCUUCAGCGCGCUGCCCUUCCGCUGGCUCGAGACGGCCGAGCUGCUGCUCGAGGUGGCGGGCGACGACAUUGGCGACGUGCGCGUGCAGCUGCGCGAGCUGCGCGAGGUGCGGCAGGGCAAGGUGCGCGAGGGCGUGAGGAAGGGCGUGGAGGGCACGUAUGUGAUGAUGAAUGGGCUGGGCGCGAUGGAGAUUGCGGAGGUGAGGGGCUUUGUGGCGGGGGUUGUGGAUGGGGUGAGGAGGAUUGGGGGGAGUAGGGAGGAGGGGAGGAGGAGGGGGGAGGAGGAGAGGGGGGUGGGUAUGGAGGAGGAUGAUGAUGAGGAGGAGGAUUAG